GAACUGCAUUUCAAUAGGAAACCAUCUAAACGUGUGCUGGUUAAUCUGAGCAACCCUGGAACGAGUGCUGCCCGGGAUAUUAGUGCAGUGCAGAAGCGGAAUUAGGAUGAUAGAAGAAACAAACGUCGUUAUCGAAAUGGAACUAUUAUUUUAUAAACUAAAUCUUAACUGAAAAAAAGUAAAUACAAUACAAAUACAACUUUCCUUGACUGCUCUGUUUGGCUGCUUUUAAAAUAUAAACAGCGCCGGUAGGUGGAAACAUCAGCGUCUUGCUUUAUGGAGGUGAUAAAUAUAUUUAUAAGAAAAUGAAAUGGUUUAAAUGUAUCUACACAAGUUUGUUUGUUUUGUUUCAUCACUGUGCUAGUGAAGAUUUACAGUUGACAUUUGACAACAGACAUCACUUUGCAUACAAUGAUUCCUACUAUGAGUACGUGCCUGGUCCGCUUCAGUGGAAGGAAGCAAAAUGGGCCUGUCAUCAAAAGUUUGGAUUUCUUACCACGGUGGCAACGAUGCAGGAAACCAGGGAGUUGAGCCACUUUUUACGGUCUCACAACAUAAAUGAUUCUUUCUGGAUUGGAAGGAAGGCAAUGGAUCAUUUAAAUGGUGUUCUGGAGUUCUCUACUAGGACUGACCAGAAGCAUGCUAGGAUCAUGCAGCAGUUCCCUAACAUGCAGGCUGUGACUGUCUGUACUUACAUUCAGUUUGAUCCAAGUUGCUUGGGAGUGUCCACUGUGUUCUCUUAUUCCAUUCAGUCAUUUAUUAAUGAGUUCCAGCUUCGUGCUAACAUAGUCCAUGGGGAGCCUAUCCAGUUGGCUUUGCUUGUACAUGGUAUACACAGCCCUUAUUCCCUGGCUGGGGAUAAUGAUGGUCUUUGGCACUUUGUGUGUGUUAGCUGGACCCGAGAUGAUGGCAGGUGGGCUAUCUCCAUGGAUGGAUCUAUCAUCGGUUCUGGGGACAAGCUCUUCCUGUCUGAUGACAUUGGCCAGGAUGGUGUUUUCAUUAUUGGUCAGGAGCAGGACACUUUUGGCGGCUCCUUUAAGAAGGAAGAGUCUUUCACUGGAAACAUUACACAACUGCACGUGUGGAACCGGGUGUUGAACUCCAGUGCAAUUCAGUCCAUGGCGAGGGACUGUUCAGUGAUUUCAGAGGGAUUAUUUUUUACAUGGAACUUCUCAGCACUUCAACUCGAGCCCUCUUUGAAGAUAAAUUGGGUAUUUUCUCAGUGUCCAGAUAACAGAAGCCAAACUGUUGGCCAAAUGCCAUUUGAUUGGAUAGAUGGAGGGUCGAUAUCAUAUCAUAACUUCUCAUUAAAUGUCAACUACAUGCCAGUUACCGGAGAAUGUGUGACCAUUGACCCUGUAACUGGAAGUUGGGGUUUGGAAACCUGUUCCAAGCCAAAGAGAGCCCUCUGUCAGUAUGACAAAGAUGUAUACGAACAUCUGCAACGAUUUUCUUUAAUACCACAGACUUCAUUUUUCUUUACUGUGAGCAGAGAACCUCUUGCCAGCACCGUGAUGGAUGAGCUUCAGAUAAACACCACAGGGAUCCUACGAAACCUCUCCAGAGUGAACAGUCUCACUGGAGUGCUGUUGAAAGUUUUGGAUGAGAACCCAGACAUCCUCACCUCUGCUGACCUCCUCUACCUUACUCAGUUUAUGGGGACUGUGGUAGAGCUCGGUGUUGUGGAGAUAGAAAAUGUCUCAGAAGCCUUUGUAUCUUUGGCUACCAACUGGUUCAAGUUAGCCAGUAAAGUCAUUGAUACAGGACUCUCUGCACAGUGGCUGGAGCUGACCGAGCAGUCGGUGAUUUCGGGACCAUUUGCAGUGAUUAAAUACAUAGAUAGCUUGGCUGUGUUGAUGGCUGAUACACUGUCGAUGGCGGGAACGAGCUUCACCCUGUCAACAAAGAACAUCGACUUGCACAUAGAGCCCCGGACUUUGUCCCACUUGAGUUGUGGCUGUGUGUUUAAACCCGGGACCCUCGGCAGUCACUCUGGUAAUCAAGAUGAAAUUCAGAUCCCAGAUACUGAGGUGUCAAGGUUACAUGCGAUAGGAUACAGAGAACUUACAUUUAUACAUGUAUACUACAGUCACCUUGUGGAACUUCAAGCAAAUCUGUACCAAGAACCUGUCUUGCAUCUGCAGAAGACAGACAGCAGGUCACAGGCAGGUAGACUCACAACCGCUGUUAUAUCAUCGACAGUGCGAGAUCUCAGUACAAGAAGGAAUAUUCCGGUAGCUGUUCAUUACACGUUAUCACAUGCAGAACUGGUGGGGUAUACUCAGUUUCCUUUACCAGUUUGUGUGUUUUGGAAUUUUAGCUUGAAGAAUGGACAUCAAGAAGGAUGGUCAAGUGAAGGGUGUCAGGUGGUACGCUUGGGGUCACAGGUUACUUCCUGCUUUUGCAACCACACAACAAAUUUUGCAGUGUUAAUGAAAUUUAUGGAAGUAAAGUGGAGCCCAGAAGAGGAGAGUAUUUUGACUAAGCUGACUUUCAUUGGGUCUGGAGCCUCCCUCUGUGCGUUAGUGAUGACCUUGGCGCUCUUCACAGUGCUUGACAUUCCAAAAUCUGAUCGGACAUCCAUUCACAAGAAUCUGUUCUUAGCUCUGAUUGCUGCACAGGUAGUGCUUCUGAGCAGCGGGUCGGCCACAAGCAAUAAGGUUGCCUGCACUGUGGUGGCUGCCCUGCUGCACCUGUUCUUCAUGGCAGCGUUCACCUGGAUGUUGGUGGAGGGGCUCCUGCUGUGGAGCAAGGUGGUGACUGUGAAUCUGAGUGAGGAGAGACGCAUGAAGUAUUAUUACCUGAUCGGCUGGGGUCUCCCUGUUCUAAUAGUCAGCAUCACCCUGGCUGCAACUUCGGAGAAAUAUUCUGCAGAUGGGCAUUGCUGGCUGAGUGUCAAAAACGGAGUCAUUUGGGGUUUUGCAGGCCCUGUUAUCUUUAUUAUCAUGGUGAAUAUACUGGUCCUCACACGGGUGGUAUUGAUUACCUUAUCCACUGCUAAGCGGAGGGCAAUAAUGCUUACUGUGAACAGCAGUCCUGUUGAGCAGGCUUAUGAUCAGAUCCGGGCUGCUGUGAAAGCUGUGUUAGUGCUCUUACCCAUCCUGGGGCUUACGUGGCUGUGUGGAGUACUGGUACCCUUCUCUAUAGUAAUGGCUUACAUCUUUGUGCUUCUCAACUCGCUGCAGGGCCUCUUCAUCUUUCUGAUAUAUGGGGUGUACAACACAGAGGUACGGAGCACAAUCAACAGAAUUAAAGAAAGAAGAAGAGCUCUGAACUUCUCAAAUUGUGCUAAUUCACGACCAUCCAGCUCCGUGACCAGCUCCAGACCCGCCAGCUCCCCGGCUCUCGGACUGCAGGACCUCAGCCACGACCUCGGUCUAGGCAGCCACUGUGCCAGCGAGCCAGACCAGCAGAACAUCCCCAAGCCAGACAGCAGCAUGGUGUAUGAAAACUCAGCCGCCACCAGUGACUGGCAGCUGUCAAUCCCUAGUCUGCCACGAGGGCCAGAUGAAGACUUGCCUUGCUUCGCUUUGGGCUCCUUAACCCCUGAACAGAGCUGUCAAGGGGAUCUGACGCUCCCCAACAUGCUGGAUAGCACAGAGGAUGGCUGCAGCCUUCACGUUCCCAUGGAUUUCGACAGUUACUCCUGUAUCUCCGGGAGUGCUGCACCCCACAAGAGAUCUGGCUGCUUAUAUUUAGACUGAUCUGCUUCAGAUAUUGUUAACUUUAUCCUAACUGUAGCUUAAGCCAUGUUUCUACAUGCUUGCUAGUGUAGCCCCGGUGCCCUUUGUCCUGCACUGCUGUUUUCACACACAGACAUUUCCAACCUUUGAUUAGCGCUUGGAUUGUCAAAUUCUAACAUUUUUCCCUAUUAAGUAUACCUUAACUCAAACAAAGAAGCGUUCUCAUAUAUGGUGUCAAUUUGCUUCUAUUUCAGUUUUAAAUCCUUGCAAAGUAGUAUGUAAAAUACUAUUAAUAUAAAUGCAUUUUUACCAUAAGCAAACAUAAUGUUGGGAACGAGAAAAGGCUGUAAUUUGCCUCGUCUGAUGCAAUCUAAUGUCAUAAGGGGGAUUAUCUAAUUGUUUUUGUUUUAAUUGUCUAGUGUUUUAGAUGUUACUACUUCACCUGGUAAAUUACUCCAUGCAUCUAUUACUCUGUAAAAAAAAAAAAAAAAAAAGAAAGAACUUCCUAUCUUCUGUUCUGAGACCUUUACCCAGCCACCAUUUUGUGACCAUAAUAUUUAUCUAAAUAAUGUUUUUGACUUUUUUACAUAAUUAUUUAUCUGGAAAUGACACACUGUAACAAUAACACCAUAACUCUUUCAGAAUCUCCAAAGCAUACAUGACAACAAAGGACAACUUUUGAGUUUGACUUGCUUCUUUGCAGUUUUGAAAAAUUGGCAUUUCCUGUUUUAUCCUGUAUGUAAAGUUCCCUUUUCUAAAGGUUUCUGGCUUUUAUGACCAUUAUCUGUUUUAUCGUUGAGUUACAAUAAUAAAUUGGGCUACAGUAUAUACUUUAAAAGUAAAGGUUUAAACAGUGAUGUAUGCCAGACUAUUGCAAUUAUUUUAAGUGCAGACUGUAGAGUUCUAUUUUUGCAUUACCUGUGGAGUUUAGAAAAGAAUAGUGGCUGCAUUAAGUAACUGAGCCGCUCAGAGCAACCCAAUGAAUGAACCCAGUUAACGACAAGCUCAGUUCUACUCCUCCUGAGCAGCUCAGUGAUCCGAGUGAACAGAUACAUUCUCACUCUGAGACAUUCAGUUACUUAACACACCGAUGUAACAGGUUUAUCAGCACAGGACAACCAACACCGCUGUCGGUGGUGCAUGAAAUCAUAUAUACGAAUGAUAUAAAAAUAAGUAAAAAACUUUAAACAGAUGUUGCAAGUGAAUUCACCACUGAGUUUUAUGUAAAGUAUCAAAAUGCUUUUAUAUAAAUGCACGGUAUCACUUAAUUCAACACAAAAUGCACUGCAUAUAAAGUGUUUGUUAUUUUUGGACUCUUCACAUGCUUUAGUUGUUUUCUACAGUAUAUUUACUUUAAAGGUAGUGUCUGCAAUCAUAAAUAACAAGUUAAUCAAGAAUGUUUUCUGUAGGAAUUUCCAAUGCCUGUUUUCAAACAAUGCCAAUAGCCGUGCUUCAUUACUAAAGGGAGAUGCUGUACAGUAGCUUUGGCCUAGAAAAGUUUUUCAAAAAAUAACUGUUGUGUUCUCACAGCAAGUUACUAGAUUUCGAUGCUAAACACUAGAUUAAAUAUAGAAUAUUUGAUCAUAUGAACAUUAAAAAAAAGCAUUUGAUGUCUGGCAA